UUAUAUUUCAUCGAAUACCAUACCAAUAACCAUAAAGGGAGUUUCCAAUUUGUGUUACAAUCCCUAUGGACGCCUGGGCCGAUGCAUAUCGAUGACGAAAUGUCUUCGCUUGAAAAACGGCGAAAAGGACAUCGUUAAUUGGCAUUGUAAUUAUGGACGUGGCCUGCCACCAUAUGUCUGUUGUACUUUUGGCAAUAGCAUUGUUUUUCCCGAUGACGACGAUGAUUAUUAUAGAACUCCACCACCGAAACCGCCAAUUGUUUUUCCGGCAUUUUUCAGAGAUAUGAUACAAAAUAAGGAUGCAUCGGUAAAUAAUCCAGCGAGGAGCAGCAGUGCCAAUAGCGUUUUUCAGGCCACCGAAGAUGGGAAUACUGAAAAUAACAUGAAAAAUGAAACGUGGGUGAUUCAUGGUGGCGUGGAAGCAGAAUUGGGUGAAUUUCCAUGGCUGGUAAAUUUGGAAUAUAGAACUGAGGAUGGUGAUAUACAAAUCGGUUGUGCAGGAAAUAUACUAAAAAAUCGAUAUGUGCUCACAGCAGCACAUUGUGUAAAGGGUCCCAUCGAAGAACUAUUGGGAAAUUUGGUUUCGAUGCGUGUUGGUGAUCAUAAUACAGACACCGAUAAUGAUUGUGAUGACUUGGGAUGUAUUGAUCGAUUUAUUCGAUACUAUAUAAUUGAGAAAAUCGUGCACAAGGAUUUUCGUCAAUUUAAACGUGGAAGGCUGAUAAAUGAUAUAGCAUUGCUGAAGACAGAUAAUGAGAUGAUCUAUUCAUUUUCGGUAGCUCCAAUUUGUCUGCCAAAUAUACAACAGGCUUUACAUCCGCCAGUUAAUGGAUCCACAUUAACUGUUGCUGGUUGGGGUGAUAAUGGAAUUGAGGACUUUUCUGUGGAAAAACGUAUUGUAGAUGUCCCAUAUAUAGAUAACAGCGUUUGUCCACUGCGUCUGCUACCGACACAAAUCUGUGCUGGUGGUGUUAAGGGCAAGGAUAGCUGUGUUGGUGAUUCGGGUGGUUCGCUGGCACGUAGAUCUACUGGCGGCUGGAUUAUCGAAGGCAUGGUAUCGUAUGGACGUAAUUGUGGUAGUGAUACACCAGCGGUUUAUACCAGAGUUCGAAGUUUUCUACCAUGGAUUAUGGAUCAUGUGAAUGAUUCGUAG